GGACGCGGAUGACUGCAUGAAAAAAGUGGGAUAACCUUUUUCAGAACUACAAGAAGAUAUUGCGUGUCCACAACAUGAGUGGCGAGGCCGAUUUCUUCCGACUGUCGAAUGAAGAAAGGAAGGAGAGGAACUUCAAAUUUCGAAUGGAUAAGGUAGUGUACAACGAGAUACACGGGAGCAUGCUGGGGAAUCACACGAUUUUCCCGCCGAACAUCACGGACACCGGUCAUCCGGAAGGCGUGCAGUUGCCCAGACGGGGAACGACCGGCGGGGAGUCCGUGGGUAGUGAGGAUGGUGGUGAUGCGUGCCCUGAAGAAUGGUCGUCAGCGAGAGACUGUGAUACCAACGCAGGCAGCGGGGCAGGAUGUGGUAAGCGGAAGAAUGCGCGGAAGCAGGCGCUAGAGUCCAUCGCUGAUGUGAUGGACCGUCAUGGAGAAUUGAUGUCGUCAAUAAUAGACACUUCCAGCAAGCGGCAGUGCAACAUUCUCACUAGGCAAUGCGAUAUAUUGGAGCAAGAAGUCGCAGUUCAGAAAGCACAUUACACGGCCUCGGAAGAAACGCAGAGGAUGAUGUGCCAUGCUUUGAUGGAGAUUGCUGCUGCCAUACGUGAUGGGCGGGUCGUGUUCACACGCGCUUUUGCAGAUCUUCUCUCCCUCCUCACUUCUGCAAUGCCUCCAAGGGGAGGAGGCAGUGGCCGGACGCGUGGACGGAAACGUGAAGCCGCGGACGCAGACACAGCGGGUGGGACAGGUGGAGGGCGUCGUUUUCCGAAGCAUAAACGUGCGCGUCAUGACGCAGCUUCGGUGAGUGGGAUGCAGUUGGAGGGCGAUGGGUGGGGUGGAGGUAUGGACGGACAUGAUCACGACGACGUCGCGCGGAAAGACCAUGUCCAAUCUGGACCGUUGAGUACUUCGCUCGCCAUGCCUCAAGGGAGAAAUAGCGCAGGCACCGGUCACGCCAGCACUACGGUUGCACCACGUCAGCAGCAGGCAGGCUCUGGCACGACCGCACAUGGCGGUGCGGCCGAAGCCGUUGUUGCCGCAAAUGCGGUUCACGUGGGCGCUGCCAAGAUCGCUGCCGCCGUGGGCGGCACUGCCGAAGGAUGUGGGGGGGGGGGAGCGGAGGGGGGCAAGGGCGAUGACGCGGCUAAAGCGUUGGAGAUCGCCCGCGCGGAGAGAAAGAAGGCGGUGGAGGACGAAGAGCCGCUUGCACACAGGGUCCGCAACAAAGGUGGUGUGGUGAAGGAACUGGCGGAUCGGGCGAAAGUUUGGAUGGACGACACGACGUUCUGGAUGAGUGGAGAGGGUCGUAGACUGUUUAACAUCGUCAAAGAGACAAGGGAAUACCUCGUUGCCAUCGCCAACGGUGAUUCCCUCCCGAACGUCCCACGGAGUGUGGCCAUGCCAAGAUCGAACGUGACGGUGGUGAGGCUGACCGAUUCCGCACAGUUGCGGGGAGCGGUUGACCGUGCGGCGAGAUGCCAGCACGUCAUCAUGCGUGUCCUGGUUGGGUGUUCAAUGGAGACAGGGAACUCGGUCGACGGAGGGUGCAUUACUACAGAACGCCUAUGCCGUGUCGCGGAGUGCUUCAAGGUCCUUUUGGCGACGGCUAUGUGGAUUAUGCGGAUGUCGGGGGACGACCUGCGGUCUCAUUACGAGGCCGUCUACUUCUGCAACCUCGUCGUGAAGCCCGUGAUGGUGGCAUCCAUGCACCGCUCGUUCGAUCAUCGGCGUCACAUCUUGGCCGCAGCGAACGCCGUGACGGAACGCCUUGGGAAAGCGCAGUCGGUGGUUGCUGCUGCUGCUGCUGCUGCCCAUGACGAUGAUGGCGAUGACGACGAUGAUGAUGAUGAAGAUGAUGAUGACGAUGAUGAUGAUGAUGACGCCGUGGAUGAUGAUGAUGAUGAUGAUGAUGAUGGUAAUGAUGAUGAUGAUGACGAAGACGAUGAUGAUGACGAUGAUGACGAUGAUGAUGAUGACGAUGAAGAUGAUGAUGUUGGUGACGACGAUGAUGGUUCGUUUCGCCGAUCGGCGAUCGAUUGCUCGAGGCAGGUUUUCUAGUUCGUUCGUGCGAGUACAGUGGAGGCUGUCAUUGUGUACAGCGGAUGGAUGUCAGCCCCUUUGUCGUCGAAGUACAUUUUCAUUGUCGU